AUGUUCUUCCGGCAAGUAGUGUCAUCUUACAGAGGAACUGGAACUAUUAUUGACAUUACACUGAAACUAAUAAUUAAAAUGUCACAAAAAAAUUAUUUAAAUUUAGACAUAAAUAAAUUAUUCGAAGAUCAUACGAUUAAAGAAAUAGAACAAAUAGCGAAGAAAAUUCAAGCUGAAAGUGAUCACAAGAAAAUAGAAUUGCGGACUCUUGUUGGAGAAAGAUACAGAGAUCUAAUCCAAGCAGCUGACACGAUCGCCGAAAUGAAAACGACGACCGAGUGUGUGAUAAAACGGAUGGGAGCCAUCGAGGACACUUUCAAAGACCUCCAGCAGAAAUACUUGAUAGGCUUCAAAAUUGACCCGCGAGAAAAAGUCCUUGAGAAGCGCGAGUUCGACUCCUGGGACGCGAUUAUUGUCCAGAUAAAAAUUCUGAUGGAUAUUCCGGAGUAUAUUUGGUCGGCGAUCGAUGACAGAGACCUGCUAAGAGCCAGUCAGCUUUUUAUUCUGGCUCAGCAUAUUCAUUACACACUCAUUCUGCAAGUCGGACACAAUCCUCUCAAGUCGAAAUUCCCGGUUGUCAUCAAACAGUGGUCUAGUAUCAGCAACUUUCGGAGGAUUAUUUCUGAAGAGUGUAAUCAUACUCUAAAAUCAAUUGACUUGUCUCCGGAACUUGCAGCCAACUGUCUGACAUCGCUGUUACUUCUGGAGAAAACACAGUCUAAGGUUCUGUUAAAAAAAUUGAUAGAACUACGCUGUAAGGCCGUCGAAUCAAUAGUAUUGAGUAAUGACAAUCUAAGUGUCAAACAUAAAAUAAAAUUUGCUGUUAAAUUACUGAUGGAUACUGUCGCAUUGAUCUAUAAAUGUUUUAUAAACUUAAAUCAGCACCAAGGCGGCUUGAUAACCCAGUACAUAACCGCAAUAGAAGCCCUGGAGGCGGUAAACAUGCUAGCAUAUUGCGACAGCGACACAGAGCUGAUAACCGACUGUCUCCCGGAGUUAACAAAAGAGCACAAGCUCUUCACACACGACUCCUACUUUCCCUUGAAACUCCCCGAACUGCACUCCGAAUUGACCGGCUGGCUGACUUGGAUCCACUCGUUCACCAACCAACACGUAACCCGGCUGCUCACCGUGAUAACAUCAGUCCGCGGAGUCUACAACAUCCGCGAAGAAGCGGUAGCAAUCCAGCUCCCGGAGAACUGGAGCAACAUCUGGCGCGACGUAUCUCUCCCGACAGUUAAUUUCUGGACGGAUUACUUCCACCCGUUGCUGACUCAGCGCGUCAAGGAAAUAAUAGCCGCCCGUUGGGAGGAAUCUCUCCUGGACUUGAAGAACAAACUGACGUGUUUUCUGAUAAAAUUGAACAACGACAAGUUUGACUACCCCGAGAGCGACUUGCGGUGGUACCUCUGGAAGGAUUCACCGACUGACAUUCCUCAGAAACUGACCAAGCUUAACAACGCGUCCGACUUCAUCAACAAGCGCUCGCUGUUGAUGAAGGCCAGAGGCUACUCUCCGAACUUAGUCCAGCUGUGUCAGGAGUUCGACGAUGAUUUGAAGAAAUUAUUGAUCGAUUUAGAAUUAUAUUUGUACGAGUCCGAGAAAAUAACUUCUGUGAUAAACAGCGACGACUUGCUGUCGAUAAAUCUAGCCUCGUUGUUUGACAAAUUCAACGACCGCUCGGCGGUUCACGACGACCUCCAGCGAAUCAGCGCGCUUAUGAUUGACAAUCUUAUCGGGUUUAUCAAAAAUAAAUGCAUUAAUCCAGACUCUUGUUACGGAAAAUGCGAUAUAAACAUAAUUGUAAUGGCGAGAUUUCUCCAAGCGCUGACCUGGCUCUGCACCAAUCUCAACAAGUGCUUCACUCUGUCCAAAAUCUCCGGGCUCACUAUCUCCAAUGUCAAAUGGCAGGCGAUCUGCGACAAAAUUCGCGACGAGAGUUUUGCAAUUUGGGGACUUUGGGCCAAAAAGUACCGACUUGUUGUCAAGGACUAUGUUAAUAAAAUCUUAAAAGCCGACUUUUCCGACGGAAGCAGUGUUAGAUCUAUUGUUUCCGAGUGGGAGAGAGUGACCAUUGAAGAAGAGGCUGAAGACGGCGAGAGGAUCAAGUCCGAGAUCCUGGUGCCCUACCAGCCCUCGGCGGCGCUCCACAGGUUUUUCGCUACGAUCAUCAGAGACUUGAACAAAGUGGUGACUCACACUGUCCCAAAGAAAAUCCUCGCGGAUGUCGUCGAGGGAAUCGUCGAGGAACUGGAGGAUUUCUACGGGUCUGUUGCCAAGAAUAAUUUGAGACAGAAGCAGGCUUUUCAAGUCCUACUGGAUGUUAAAUAUGUCGCGCUGUUGAUGGUCCCGAGGGAGAACAAAAUUUUGAACGAUAAACUGGACAAUGUUUGUGGGAGUAUUCUGGAGAAAAUUGAUCCCUUUGACUCCGAUGUCUUCUCGCCGUUCAUACAUGUUAAUGUUAAGAAAAGCGUUCAGCGGUCCUUGUUGUUGUACGGAAACUUGAUUCCGCAUUUGGAGCAAUUGCACUCAGUACUAGGGGCUCGGGGCGAGUUGGGCGACAGCGGAAAGUCUAUAACUAAUCCUCCAGGUGUGCUUGCUGUUUGUACUGGAGCACCUUGGUUUCCUCCGCUCGCCGUGACCGUGCCCUCGCGUAAUUUGCCGCUUAUUCCCGUUGCAAUGCCUGAUAAACUCCAGCGAAAAAAAGUAGUCAAAGAACACACGAGAAGUGAUUCUACUGGAGCUUCCAUUAAAUCUGGAGCAGCGGCAUUUUUCGGAGCCAUGGGGUCUGAUUGGUUUAGUACUAGUUAA